AUGUUACAUGUAUCUUCAAUGUUAGCUUAUGGUUUUUUAUCAUUUAUAUUGGCGUUUUUUAACAAAGCACUUUUUGAAAUAGCUAAUUUUCGUAAUAGUUUAGUUGUAAUUUUUUCUCAACUUAGUUUUAUACUUAUAUCAUUCCAUAUAUUGGCUUAUUUUCAUUUUAUAACACUACCUAUUAUGACAAAAAAAGAGGCAUAUACAUUACUUAUUCCAUCUAUUUUUUAUUGUUUCAAUACAGUAUUAUCUUUACAAGCACUUAUGAAACUUAAUAUAGCUGUUUAUGUUGUGAUUAAACGUUGUACGCCAGCAUUAACCUUUAUUUUAUCUGCAAUAGUAUUAAAAAAGCAAAAUCUUAAUAUAAAAACAGGUUUAUGUGUAUUCACUAUUACUCUUGGUGCAGCAAUAACAUCCAUUGAUGAUGUAUCUUAUCAUAUGGAAUCGUAUAUAAUCGGAAGUUUUAGUGUAAUAUUUCAUUCUCUUUAUCUUCUUACAAUCCAACGAUAUUGUGAACAACGAACAUCUAAUGAAAUUUUUUAUAUUAAUAGUUUAUUAUCAUUACCAAUGAUAUUACUUUUAAUGAUAAUAUUUACUAAUGAAUUAUCAAAUGUGAAAUCUUAUAAAGGUUAUAAUACAAUAAAUUUUUGGUUAUAUUUUUUAUUAUCAACAGUUGGUGGAGGUUUACUUAAUGGUACAACAUUUUGGUGUACAAUUAAAAAUUCAGCAUUAACUACAACUGUAGUCGGAGUUUUAAAGAGUAUUCUUCAAGUAUUUCUUGGUAUGUUUGCAUUUGAUCGACUUCCAAUAAAUAAUAAAACAAUUAUUGGCAUUAUAUUAUCACUUAUUGGUGGUACUAUGUUUAGUUAUUUGGAAUAUACAAAUAAACACAGUAAAUUAGGAUUAAGUACGACGGAUAACGAUUCGGAACAAACAUCGUAG